AUGGAAUUGGUUCAGCGAAUAACCCCCGAACGAGUACUCGCCUUUACGAAAAUCCAGCAAGCGAUCAGAGAGGAUGACCUAUGGACGGCCGCUUGGUGUAUGUGGAAGUUCCUUAGGGUACCACACGUCCUGUUGGCCAAAGAAAGGAAGUUAUUACAAGAAGAGUACAGUUACCAGGUGGAUCGAUUUCAAGGCGCCGUAGAUUUUUUCGCAGAACUUUGCUACCAACACGCCAAGGGGGACCACCACGACUGGCUCGAAAACGGAACACCAUUCGCUGCUGUUGAAGAAGGGAGCUUCAGUCAACACGAAGAAAACUCAAUUCAACCGCUGAAAGUGAUCAGUACCUAUGGUCGAUCGGCCGGUUACUUACGUGCUAUCAUCAACAUGAAGGUCACACUUCCCUCGGUGCAGGACGGGGAGUUAUUUGAGCUAGAGGCAAUGGGACCAAGCCCCGGCGUGAUUAAUGUUAAGAACUUAGAAAUCCCGGAUCACGACUGGGUUAUCAUUAGCCCUGAGGAGGCGCGUAGAGGCGCAUAUCACGGUCACCAAUGGACGACCAAAGAGUUGACAACGAAAUGA